AUGAUCGUCAAUCGUCGAGGUCUCUCUGUUCGAUCAGUAGGCAAUGAUUACCUGAAAAAGGAAACAUUGGGGAAGGAAACUAGAAAGGAAAGUGUCGGAAAGGAACCGAUUGCAGCGUUUAGAAAUAAAGAAAACGACGACAAUGUCAACAAGGAGGCAUUAGUGAAGCAGAAAAAUACAGCGUGUUUGUCAAUUUUCAAGGAGACGUCUUCGUCGGUUUGCCAACACUGUGGAGCUGCGAGGUUAGCUCUGAAGUCUCCCCAGCAGUCGCAUGCCUCAACACAAGCGCCUGAUGGCAUAGCGAAGGAAUUGGAAAUGUUAUGUUGUGAAGAACCACCAGUGGAGUAUUGGAAGGAGUUGGCUGAAAGUCGACGAUUGGCUUUAGUGGAGAGUUUGGCGGAAAAUGAGGAGGUGAGAUUUGCCGUGUUGUGA